AGAUUUGGCGAGAUUCGUAGAAAGAAGCGAAGCAGACAUCCAAGUCGGACGAUUUGUUGCUUUGUUUCCACACACUUCUCACGUCGUUUGCUGGCUUUCUUGGAGAUAUCUCAAGACUCUUUGGUCAGAAUAUGUUUCCUUGGCUUUCUUAUGCUCCAAUGAUGACGUAAAGUUUGCGUGGAUCUCACGUGGAGAGCGGGAAAAGGUAUUAUUUCUGCCCGUCAGACGACGUUUUUUUGAGUCAAGUGAGGGCAGCCAGCCAUCAGUAGUUCCGUCAGAGGGCCAGCAGGCGAUGCCAACAAGUGACAGUGAACGCUGUGAAGCAAAGAAACUGAAGACAGAGGCCCAGCACAUGAGCACAGAAGAGAACGGAGAGGUACCAUCAUCACCUGAGAAGGCGCAGCUCAAAUACGGAGAACUUGUAGUACUGGGGUACAAUGGGUCACUUCCGUAUGGAGAGAAGGGUCGUCGCAAGACACGCUUCACGUUAUUCAAGAGAGCAGCAGCCAAUGGGGUCAAGCCAUCCACCCAUCACAUUGCCAAAACACCACAGGCAUCUAAGAUUGUAGCAGACAAGUCCCACCACAGUGUGUCGUACACGUUAUCACGGAACCAGACUGUGGUAGUGGAGUAUGUACGAGAUGAGGACACAGAUAUGUUCCAGAUUGGCCGAUCAACAGAGCCACCUAUAGACUUUGUAGUGAUAGACACCGUGCCGGGCAACAAGACUGCUGAGGACUGUAAAGUACAACAGAGCACCAUUUCUAGAUUCGCAUGUCGCAUUGUGGUAGAAAGAAACCCAACACAUACAGCAAGAAUCUAUGCUGCAGGCUUUGAUUCCUCCAACAAUAUCUUCCUGGGGGAAAGAGCAACUAAAUGGAAGAGACCAGAUAGCUCGAUGGACGGCCUGACGACCAAUGGAGUGCUAAUUAUGCACCCCACGGGAGGUUUUGGCCAGGAGUGCAAAGCUGGGGUCUGGAGGGAGGUGUCGGUGUGUGGCGGGAUCUACUCACUCCGAGAGACGCGACCAAACCCGCAGAGAGGCAAGCUGAUCGAUGACGAGUCCAACGUUCUCCAUGAUGGCACCCUGAUCGACUUGUGCGGGGCGACACUUCUCUGGCGCUCUUCGGCUGGGCUACAGAAAACUCCGACUCAUAAACAUAUUGAAGAGCUACGGAAAGAGAUCAAUGCAGCCCGGCCCCAGUGUCCUGUCGGCCUGAACACCCUGGCCUUCCCCACUCGCAGUAGGACCACCAAGGUGACUGAGGAGAAAGAAAGACAGCCAUAUGUCUAUCUCAACUGUGGACACGUUCACGGCCAUCACUUAUGGGGACAGAAGGAGAACGAAAACGGUGACCGAGAGUGUCCCAUGUGCCGCACGGUCGGGCCGUACGUCCCCCUGUACAUGGGGAACGAGCCCGCGUUCUACGUGGACUGUGGUCCCCCGACCCACGCGUUCUGUCCCUGUGGGCACGUGUGCUCGGAGCAGACGGCUCGCUACUGGGCGCAAGUACCACUGCCUCACGGAGUCCAUGCAUUCCACGCAGCCUGUCCCUUCUGUGCGACACAACUGACAGGAGAGCAGGGCUUCAUCAAGCUCAUAUUCCAGAAUGAUAUCGGGACGUAGUUAGAGCCCUGUAGGUAGGCAAGUUGGAUUCCCCCGGGUAGAUUAGUUAGGAUCAAUUUAAAAACUUAAGACCAACCCAAGAGGCAGGUUGUGUUCACUGUUACACCAGUCCAGUUAAAGAGGAGAGAAAGAAACGCCACUCGAGCACUACUGUAAUGUUGCCCUUCAGCGUCGUGGAAGUUCCAGCUUAAAAAGGACUUUCAAAGGGCUAACAAGACAUUCGUAUGAGUAGGAUGGUAAUGUAGUCGGCUACUGGAAAAGCUGCCAAUGCCUCCCUUCAGUAGAGUGUCAUGUUUCGCUGCAGCUGUAACAGAAAGAGCAAACCAAACCUUGCUGUCCACACUGGCAUUGCAAUGGUCUACGCAAGAUUGCAGUUCUGUUCAAUAUCCUUUCAAGAUCGUACAACAAUUUUCCGGAGAUGACUUUUGUUAAUUUGUAGUGCCAGAGUGAAUAUCAGGGUCAUAGCAAAGACAAGAAGAAUUUGCUGAUUCAAAAUAGUAUUGUCACAUUUUGAUGUGAAAUGUGUACUACCAGUUGUCCUUGUUUCUCACAAUUUUCUCCGUUUUAAGUGCUAAAGUGGCAACAACAUUAUGCAUGGUGGCGGAAAAAUUUCCAUUUUUUAUCAAUUGAUUAAUCAAUGAAUUAACUGACAAAUGAUUAUUAUAUUUAUUAAGUUCAUGAACAUUAUUUUGAUACAUUUUUUCAACACUUAAGUAAAUUAUGUAUAUGAACACCUUAAAAAUACACAGAAUAUGCCUAGACCAUGUGCUUAUGGUGAUGACUCUGAAAUCGGGGCCAUACCAGGAUAACAUGAACACUAAUGUAAAAGUUAAAGAAAAGCUAAACUUAAAAUCGAAAAGUCGACAUACUACGCAAAAUAAAAGUUUGCUGACGGCUAUUUGACUGACUGAUAACAUUUUGUGACUCCAGGACGUGACAUGUCCCCAUCAGUUAUGAUAUUGGAGCUGGCUUUUCGUACCUUGGAAACAUCCACUAUUUCUUCUAAUUCAUCAGAAUCCAUACUCGGGAAAGCCAGCUUGCCGUAUAUAUAGAAUACAACACGGUGUAUUCCGUAUCACCCAAGGUAUCAGCCCGACCCGCGG